AUGGGAGAGAAUCCUCCUCAACCAUUUUUAAGAGACUAUGACCACCCCAACGCAUUCCAACUUCGGAGUGGCAUACGUCUUCCCACCACAAAUGCAAACAACUUUGAACUUUCACCUCAACUCAUCCGUAUGAUUCAAAGCGAUCAAUUCGGAGGUAGUCCUCAUGAGUGUCCUUUUGCUCAUUUGGACAACUUUCUUGAGUUGUGUACAACUAUCAAGCAAAACAACAUUUCGGAAGAGUUCAUCUGUAUGCACAUGUUUCAAUUCUCCCUCCGUGAUAAAGCAAAACAUUGGUUGAGAACGGUUGAAGAGGGAUCAUUGAGUACAUGGGACGAAGUCACUAGAGCCUUUCUUGGAAAGUAUUGUCCUCCGGAAAAGACCGCCGAACUAAGAAGAAAGAUCACCAAUUUCAAUCAAGACAUUGAUGAAACAUUGAGUGAAGCUUGGGAGCGUUUCAAAGAUUACACAAGGAAAUGCCCCCACCAUGGUUUUACAUCAUGGAUCAUUGUACAAAGCUUCUAUGACGGUCUUACUCCUAUUUCAAGGGCCAACCUUGAUUCCGGGGCUGGUGGUAGCCUCAAAAAGCUAUCGGUGGACGAUGCAUACAAGAUGAUUGAAGAAGUGGCCAAGCAUUAUGCAUAUGGAGGUGAUAGAAGGCAACCUCAAACAAAGAAGGGCGGAAUUCAUGAUCUUAGUGCAAUAGAUCUUAUUGCAUCAAAGUUUGAUAUGCUAGCUCACAAGCUAGAUCAAGCCACCCUCACACCCUCAAGCUCUUCCUCGCAAGUCAUGUCUUGUGAGACUUGUGGAGGAAAUGAUCACUUGUCCUCUUAUUGCAACUCAACGAAUCAAGAGCAAGCGGCGGCAAUUGGGCAAAGGAAUGAACAAUACUCCCAAUCCCACAAUCAAAGUUGGAAGCCCCAACAUAACACGGGAUGGAAGCAAUACAACCAAGGCCCCCUACAAAAUAACUACAACCAAAAUCAAACCCAACCUCAAAACCACUACAACCAACCUCAAUCACAAAACCAACAAGCUCCAUACCGCCAUCCCAACCAAAGGGAUCAAAACCACCAAAGAUCACAAUAUAACCAACCCGCUCCUCCUCCUCCACCUCCUCAAAAGACUAGCCUUGAGUCCGUUCUUGAAACUUUCAUGACUCAACAAAUAAGGAACAAUGCGGAGAUGAAUGCAAACAUCCAACAACUCCAAGCACAUAAUAAGAUAAUGGAGGGCCAAUUGGCUCAAAUUGCACAACAAGUUGGAAGUUCAUCCUCCAAUCCUAGUGGUCACUUUCCAAGCUCAACGGUAGUGAACCCAAAGGAGCAAGCUAAGGCUAUCACUUUGAGAUCGGGAAGGGGUUAUGAGGGCCCGGUUAUGAGUGAGGAGGAGACACAAAAGAGAGAUGAGGGAGUUGUGGUGAGAAGUGAGGAUGAUUUUGAAAAUGAAGUAGUUGAAGUUGAGAGAAAAGAGCAAAAGAGUGAUGAGGGAGCCAUAAAGAAAGACGAGGGAGAUGAAGAAAGAAUAGAAAAUCCCCCUAUGAGAGUAUAUAAGCCCCCCAUUCCGUUUCCUCAUAGAAUUGUAGAGAAGAAGUUGAAUGAGAAGUUUUCAAAAUUUCUUGAAGUCAUGAGAGGACUUCAAGUGAACAUCCCCUUUCUUCAUGCUAUUGUUAGCCUUAUGCCUCUCUCUAUGGCAAAAAGAUUAAAUCUUGGGGAGAUUAGCCCCACCAAAAUGUCAAUCCAACUAGCCGACCGCUCGGUUAAAGUCCCAUUGGGAGUCUUGAAGGACAUCCCAAUUCAAGUGGGGAAGGUUCUUGUGCCUUGUGAUUUUGUAAUCAUGGAGAUGGAUGAGGAUUUCAAAAUUCCUCUCAUAUUGGGUAGGCCCUUUUUGAAAACCGCGGGUGUUAAUAUUGACAUGAAAAAAGGGCGGCUUACCUUAAAUGUUGGGCAUGAAAGAAUCUCUUUCUCAUUUCCGGAAACGUUGAAUGACCCCAUGGUUAAACAAGUUCAUCGGGUUGAUGUUUUGGUUAAUAUUUUGAAAGAAGACAUGGAGGAGUCACAAGAUGAAUCGACUCAUGCUCCGGAGGUGAAAAAGCAAGAGAGGGCCAAGAAGAAAAAGAAAAACAAGAUCAAGUUGAUAGACAAGAUGUUUGGUUGCAUUUCUAGUGAUGAUAGCAAUAUUAUUUUGCCUAAGGAAAAUGGCAAGUGUGUGGGAACAAUGAGAUGGGUCAAAAAGGUGUGCCUUGACCCUCCCUAA